AACAAUCCCCCAUUUAUGCAUGCGGCCACAUCACACGUCGGCAAUGUUGUGCAAAUCCAAACACCAGCCGGGCACAUAUACGAAGGAGUGUUCCGGACGUUCUCGUCACAGUUCCAGAUUGUGCUGGAAAUGGCCCAUCGCGUUGAGGUAGGACCGGAUCAGAAGACGAAAAUCAUUGUCGAAACGUUCGUCGAGCGGUUGAUCUUCAAGCCGAACGAUAUUGUGACGAUCGCGGCGAAGGACGUGGAUCCGGAAUACGCCACGCGGGACACGUUCAAAACCGACACGGCCAUCUCGCGGUGCAACGGUACGAGCUGGCUAGAGGACCGGGAGCUCGAACCGUGGGACGCAAGCGGCGGCAGCGGUUUGAAUGGCGAUCACGGCGACCACAGCCUCGAGCUGGACGCGACCGCGGACGGGUGGGAUGUGAAUGAUAUGUUCCGCAAGAACGAGACGAUCUACGGGCUGCACUCGACGUUCGACCAAUCGCUGUCCGGCUACACGGUCCAGAUCCAGAAGCGCGACAGCGAAGAGUUUAAGGUGCAGGAGCAGGAGGCGGAAAAGAUUGCGAACGAGAUCGAAAACAAUCCGGUCUACAAGGAGCGCAUCGACGUCGAGAACGGUGACGAGGAAGCGGCGUUUGCUGCCGUAGUUCGCCCGAACGUCAGUCCGUUGCCGAGUGGUGGUGCGGCUGCCGGAACGGCCACGCAGCCGGCCGGCGGUGGUGGCAGUGUCAAUAGCAGUGGCGGCGGCGGUAGCGGCGCUCUGAACGAUAAAAACUCGAACAGCAUCAGCAGCAGCAGCAGCAGCAGUGCAAGCAGCAGUAGCAGCAACAGCAUCGGUGCACACAGUAGUAAUAAUAGUAACAAUUUAGCGAACAACACGAAUACGACGACAGCUAACAGCAACAAUAACAAUACGAACAGUGCGGCGACGGCGGCGGCGUCCUCUACCACCACCAUGCCCUCGAACACCAGGCAACAGAAGUACAUUGCUCCGGGUAUCCGCAAACCGGGCCAGGGUGGUAAAUUGGUUAGAAGCACACCGCCUCCGCUGCCCAACAACAGUAAUAGCAACAAUAACGGCCCGCCGGUUGCUGUUCCUUCCUCGCAGCAGCAACAGCAACAACAACAACAGCAGCAACAACAACAGCAGCAGCAACCGCCACCGCCGAGUCCUCAAGCUCCUCCGCCACACAAGAACAGCUACGGGCCAAUGAUAAACCAACAGCAGCACCAACAAAGCUCACCCCAGCAACAGCAGCAUCAGCAGCAACCGCCGCCUCCUCAGCAGCAGCAGCAACAGUCAACCAUGACGCCCAGCAACCAGCAGCAACACGGGGCCGGAGCGGGAAUGCAGCAACACCCUUCGCUGCCGCAGCAGUACGCGAUGCACCCGGCUCCGUCGCCUUACGGGCACGUGCAGCAUCAGCAGCAGCAACAACCACCCCAGCAGCAACCCCAGCAGCAGCAGGGUCACGGGCAGCCUUCGGUGAUGAAUGCGAACAAAAUGAACGGUGACGGAGGGCAGAUGAAUGUAAAUAGCAACCAGAAGCCUCUGCCGCAGCGCACCGUCCGCCAGUACGCCAGUGGUCCGGCUCCUCCGGUCUACAGUGAGCCCCCGCCGUCGCUGAACCCACAGCAACUGGCGGCGGCGGCCGCAGCGGGUCAGAUGCAGAACAUGGCCACCAAGCCACCGAUGCACAUGACGCACCCCCAUCAUACCGUUGUUCCGCACAUGCCGCCACCGGCCGUCGUCUCACCCGACGGAGUCGUGAUGCAGCAGCACCACGUGGCGAUGCCUCCACCGCCCAUGAUGGGAGUUGGCAACCCGCAGCAGCAGCAACAGCAGCAACAGCAAGCACCACCGCCGCAACCCCAGCGCACGGUGGUCGUCCGCAACCGGGACAUGGAGAUUGACAAUCUGCGCAAAUUUGGCCAAGACUUUAAGCUGGCUCCGCCGCAACAACAGCAGCAACCACCGAUGCCGAACGUGCAUCAGCAGCCGCCACCUCCGCCGCCCGCGACACAACAACAGCAGGGGCCACCGCCGCCGUCGCAGCAGCAGCAGCAACAACAAUUGCCGCCACCGACCGUGGUGGUACCGUCGCAGCAGCAACAGCCGCAGGAUCUGCACUCCGGAUCACCGGCCGACAAUGGACCACCAUCGCUGGUGGUGAUCCCGUCGCAACACAGCGAACCUCCGCCGACGACACCGCCAACCCAACAGCAACAGCAGCAGCAGAAUCAGGCCUCGCAAACGACGGGCCCAUCCGGUGGAGGCAUGGUACCUCCACCGCACAUGGUGGCCCAGCAACCGCCUCCACCACCACCCGGUUCUCAGCAACAGCAGGGACCCCCGCCACCCACUGGCCAGCAGCAAUCGGUGGUGGUCGGUGGUUCUCCCCCGCAGCAACCAGUGCCCCAGCAGCAACCGCCGAACAUGGGACCGCCCGGUGCCGGGGUGGGUGUUUCUGCGGUGAACGUUCAGCCGCCUACCGCAAGCACGCCGUCGGCAGAUGGCGUCAGCGCGAACAGUGGCACCACGGAUCCGAAACCGCCGGGUACCGCCACCAAAAAGGUGUUCACGCUUAACCCGGCCGCCAAGCCGUUCACACCGCGCAGCCCGAGUACCCCCAAUCCGUCUCGUCACACGUCUUCUAGCCCGCACACACCGCAAACACCGGGCCCGUCGGCGUUGGCGCAAGGCUCCUACCAGCCGCCGCCACCGCCGCCCCAGCACGUAAUGCCCCAGCAGUUCGUGAUGCAGUACACGGUGGUGAAUCCGUCCUCAUUCCCUCAGGCGGCCCAGCAGCACCCGCACUCGGCGCAACCGACCCGCAUACGGAACGGACGGCAAGGUAGCUACCGGAACGAAAUUUUCCCCGUCGGUGCGUCGCAGAUACAGGUGGCGGCCGCAACUGGCCAGCCGCUGUUGGCGCCUAGCCCGAUCCAGAUGAUCGCUCCGUACGGGCCGACGAUUCACCCGCAAACGUUCCAGGCGGCCCCACCAUUCCACCAGCAGUACCGCACCAUUUACGAUACGCAGCAACCGACACCGCUCCAGUAUCUGGCGGCGACGCCACCCUCGACGACACCGUCGCCGGGCCAGCCACACCAGCAGUACCACCCGGGCCCGCAGCCAUCGCCCGCCGGUGGCGGUCCGCCCACCUACGCCCAGGUUCACCACCAGCAACCGUCGCCCUACCCGAACCUGGUGUGCCCGAUCGUGGCGCCACCGCAGGUCGUGCCGACGAUCUACCAGAACAUGACGUCGGCCCCGCAGCAAAACCAUCACCAGCAGAACCUGCACGUAAUGCACGUGACGCAGCAUCCGACGGCGCAGUAGCAUAAGUUUUCUGCUGCCACACCGCCCGGCACUGGUGGACCGGGUGUCCUUCACCCACAGCAGCACCAGCAGCACCAGCACCAGCACCAACAGCAUCAUCAUCAACAACAACAGCAACCGCCGCCAUCACACCCGUCCUACGCGAAGGUGCUGAAAAAUUAACGGGAAACGCACCGUGUCGUGACAACAGCCCACGGGGAAGAAGCGUGGGUAACGCGUGGGGGAGUUGAUGUAAAAGACGACGAACAACCAAAAAAGACACAUACAUAAACGCAUGAACCACGAAAAGAUGAAAGAUGCAAAGGAUUCAUGCCACGUUGCAUGAAAGGAACCGUUUUUUUUUCGUUUUCUAUCAAUCACACACUACCAGUGGACACAAGAUAGGAACAAAAGGACGGACGGACCGAUCUAGGAGUGAAUGAAGGGACACAUACCACAUAAACAAUUCGUUGCACCCACACGUGCGGGUGGGACUGUAAAUGCUAGAGCGAAGUGUACGAAACGUGAACAAGAUGGACGCUAGAGUUAAUGGAAAGCGAGCAAAACGAGCGACGUAGAGCGAGCCGUGUUUAAAUGUAGGUUAUCUCUUUAAACACACGACACACAAACCCGGAGGUAACGGUAUUCUUAUCUCUCGAGUAUCGAAAAUAGAGAAGCCACAAGCAAGUGGUCGUAUUUCAAGGACAAGAAUGCGACGUGUAGGUUUGGAAUGAUUUUGUAAAAAGUACGAUUUUUGGUUUGUUUCGCAAAACCUUUAUCAACCCUUAGCCUCCUGCCCACAUUCCUGCGUUAUUUAUGUCAAUUUCAAUACCAAUCAUGAAUCCGCCUACAUGGUAAUCGACCGCUACAUGGGUUUUAGGUGACGGCAGAUUUUUGCUUUCUCUGCUGAGCAUCGCGGCGAGGCGAGGUCUGGAAUGUUCAUUGUGAGCAGUGCAAUGUGCUUUGCAAUGUAAUUUUUUUGUUUGUUUAGCAACUUUGUUAAGCACAGAUCCCAACAUGUGGACGUAUUGAGAACAAUUUGCUUCUUGUUUAGGGAAUAGUCAAACGUCCUGAGGAAAGCACCAGUGUCAGGGCUUUAGAAAUUGUCGCAACGACGGAUCGCUGCAUUGUACAUCGACUAAUAGUGUUACGAGUGGGGACGGGCGGGGAAGCAGCAAGUAAGCGUAGCGGAUUGCAAUCGUCUUCUACGACCCCAUAAUACAUAAGAACAUUUAUUUGUUGGCCCUUCUUCCACGCCGCCCCACGGUUCUCUGGGAGAAGGGAGUUGUCUGUAUUCCGUUUUGCUCACAGUUGAAGCAGCACACCCUGCCGUGUAUUUAAACGGCUUGUACCAAAACAGCAGCCUGCCUGCAGGUGGGGACAAAGGUGUGCAAAGGACACCGAAGCAAGUGAAAGGUGGCAGAUAAGGUGCUGAAAGUAAAACACACAUAUGGGAACGAAAAAAAUAUCCUUUAGCUGGGGAAAAGAGAAGGAAAGGUUGAAAAAUUGUAAAAUAAAAGCUCUAGAGAACGCGACUUAUCGAACCGGAGAACAAAUCACUGAGACGCGCAUCUUUACUAACUAUAAUUCAUAAUUAGAUAAAUCAAAUUUAACAGUGGGUUCGAGCGAGAUCGCGGUGCGUGAAUGUGAUCGUCAGUUACAACUCCUAGCGCGGAUGGAUGGUUGAUAGUGUGAGCGAAAGCGUAAGAGUGUGUGUGUGUGAGAUAGGAUGAACGAAAACAAAAAAAAUAGAAGAAUCCAACAGACACAAACACAUACAACAUGUUUAAGAAGCAAUUUGAAUGCCGAACUGUGAGCGCGCUGUAAAAUAGAAUUUCAAAAAUGCAUCGAGCAAGACGGAGUGGACGAUCGCGUUCACGAUGAAGAUGUGAAGCUAGUUGGAGUAGUCAAUAAAUUUAAUUUAUUGAAAAUAAGACAAAAAUAAAAAAGAAACACGACUAAGCGAAGUGCAAAGGAAGGCACACGACGGGGAGGUCCUUGAGCGCGCAUACUCAGUCGCGCAAGAAAAACGUGUUCAGAAACGACGGCGUGCGUGCAUCUAUUCACGCAUUAUUAACGCAGUGUGCGAAUGUACGGCACACUUUGAAGGGUUGCCACGGUAACCGUAGCUUAACACAUCAACCAGCAAGCUUAGUGCUCGGCUCGAUCCCAAAACAAAACCGAGCAAACGUGGCACAGACAAACGAAGAACGAACGAUAAAAGUGUUGCAAUCACUAGAAAGAAUAUGGGAAUGAGCCGCUAACGCGAGCAAAAUAACACAGCACACAAAAGUCUAUUGUAGAAAACGGGAAGAAAAGAAAGCUCUGGCAGUGUGGUGUAGAAAGUCCCGAGCCGUGGUGCUUUAAAAACAUGCUUUCGAUCAGCAAAGGUAAAGAAGAAACAAAAUAGGAAUUUCAAACCAAUGUUACUACAGCUUCCCGAGACCGGGCGAUAGAAAAAAGGGGAGCUAAAGGAAGCUACUAAGAAAACAGACGAAAGAACCGGUAAAGAACCAGGACACAAUAAUGUCCUGGAGUGACAAAGUGUUGCAGAGUUGUGACGAGCCGUCGCAUCGCAUUCAAACUUACACAACGACAUGUUAAACAUGUCACGACAAGGUUCUAUCGAUAGGAGCAACUAGGGAAGAGAAAAAAGUAAAGACGCAACGGCACUCGGCUCACAAGUGACGCGAUC